AUGGUGAUCAAGAGCAAAGUGGCGUCUAAGCACGUGGGAGACCUCGAAAAUAUUUUUGAAAUUCUGAGGGAACACAAGCUACGCCUUAACGCUUCCAAGUGCUCUUUUGGUGUGGGGUCAGGCAAGUUUCUAAGCUAUAUGGUGACUCACCGGGGAAUCGAGGUUUAUCUCGACCAUAUUAAGGUAAUAAACAAUCUACAACCACCUCGGAAUCCAAAGGAAGUUCAGAAACUAACCAGAAUAACUGCUGCCUUAAACCGAUUUAUCUCCCGGUCCGCGGAUAGAUGCAAACCCUUCUUCCUGUUGAUGAAUAAAUGGAAGGGAUUUGAGUGGACCGAGGAAUGUGUUUUAGCUUUCCAACAGCUUAAGGAAUAUCUCUCUCAUCCACCUAUCAUGUCCAGCCCUGAGGUUGAUGAAAUUCUAUUUGCUUACAUUGUUGUGGCCCAUCAUGCCGUGAGUUUAGUAUUGAUACGAGUUGACAGUGGCAUACAACGGCCAGUUUACUACGUGAGCAAGUCACUACAUGAGGCCGAGCUUCCACUCAAGGCCAUACUUAGAAGUGCUGAUUACACGGGGAGGAUUGCUAAAUGGGGCAUAAUUCUGGGGGCUUUUUACAUCAAAUACAUACCUCGUACUUUUGUCAAGGGCCAGGUCCUUGCAGACCUAGUGGCCGAGUUCACUGAACCCCUAUCAGAAGAAGUAGCAAUAACACAAAACAUGGAUGGAAAAUCGGUUGGCACAAUCUCCCUGCAAGACCCUUUAUUCUGGAAGGUAUACAUUGAUGGUGCUGGAGUGGGACUAGUUCUGGCCUCACCUGAAAGGCUCAUCAUCGAGAAAUCAUUAAGAUUGGGUUUUUCGGCCACAAAUAAUGAGGCUGAAUAUGAAGCUUUACUGGAGGGAAUGUCCAUGGUUCAAAGAAUGGGAAGAAAGGUAGUAAAGAUGUUCUUAGACUUGAGGCUAGUCGUCGGCCAGGUGAAGGGCAAACAAGAAGCAAGAGAUGAGAGAAUGCAAGGGUAUUUAAGCCAGGUUAGGCAUUUGCAAUCAGGAUUUAAAUCCUUCAGCCUAUCGCACGUCCCCAGGAGUGGAAACACACAUGCCAAUUCCCUAGCCACGCUUGCAACCUCCUCAGGGCAGAGCUUACCUCGAGUUAUCCUUAUAGAAGACUUGCGCAAACCCACAAAGGUAAAGGGAAAAGUGGUUCAUGUUCACCAAGUCAGAGUAUGGCCUAGUUGGAUGGAUCCCAUAGUACUAUACCUGAGAAAGGACAUCUUACCGAAAGACAAAUCAGAAGCUGAUAAGGUCAGGAGAAAGAUGCCACAUUUCUAG